AUGGAUGCUGUUGGUGUUUCGCAGAUUCAAAUGGACACGCUUGAGGACAUACUGCAAGCUGUGUCGGAGGAUCUCGACGCCUCCGUCCCCUACGCUGACAUACUAAAGGGGAAAGGGUACCGCACACCCAAAGCCAUCCUAGCAGCCGGCAGCGCUGACAGACUGAGCAGCAUAUGCGGCCUGCUGCCUGGAGAUGCAGACGUCAUAUGGGAAGCAGCCGAGGGCACAAAAGUGCGGCGCUCCUUCCCUGUGGAGUAUGGCUCCGGCCGGGAGGGGCUCCAUGGCCGCAACUACCAAACCAGACGUGUUGCCACCUGCGAAAAGCUGUAUCAGCUGGUUGGGGACCGUGGCUAUCUACUGAUCAAGGCCCCGCCGCAAUCUGGCAAGACAUCGACACUGCAGCUCCUGAUGAACUGGGCGAGCAAGAAAGAUCCUUAUCUGCGUGUGGUCUACAUUAACCUUGCAGAUGAGAUGACCGGCUUCCAGCUCAAUGAUGUUCUCCGAGCUCAACUGGGUGGCACCCUCGAUGACAUCAUCAAAGGGGGCGAAUCAGUGUUGCUCUGUGUGGACGAGGUGCAGAUUGCCUACCAGAAACAGAGAUCAGGCAGCACUGACUUCUGGAAUCAGCUGAAACGCCUAGAACGCGGGUCAUCAGCUGGGCAUGACACGCGUGUGGUCAUGGCUGCCGCCUAUGGCACCAAGCGCAGCGCAGCCGACAUUUCUGAGCCAGAUUCUCCUGCCGCUACCCCUGUCAGCUUUGAGUAUCCAGACAUGGUGGUUGGGCUGUUGACAGCCUCUCUGGAUUACCUACAGGAGCAGCUGGUCAAUGAGCUGAAGGCGCCCAAUGCUGUCAACCACAAUGCAUGGCACAAACUUACUUCAAGGGGCUUCUUUUCCCGCCUGCUCCAUGUGCGCUCCAUCAUGAAGUAUGAAGAUGUCGAGAAGAUCCCUGCGGCGGUUGCGUUGCUGCGGCAGCUGCUCUGGGUGGACCCUUUGCCAGUACGCUUUGCUGAUGGCUCUGCAGAGGCAGCAGCUGUCUACAAGCUUUGCAGAGCCGGUCAAGUCACACUGGAAGAAAGCCCUGCUGACAGGCUGAUGUUCACCAGCCCGCUGCAUCGUGCAUCUUUUAUGCACCGCCACUACUCGGGCACAUGUACAACAUCUGGCCAGUGGACCAUGGUGGAGUGGAUCACCCGCGCAGUGGAACGCAUGGACCCUGUCAUCCUCCGAAAGACUGAGAGCCUGGGCAGCGAUGACAAACGCCUGGAGCGUUGCUGGCAGAUGGAGCUCUACAGGGUCAUCCUGGACGUUCUUCCCCCUGGACGGGUGGUGUCUCCAGAUGUUGGGCGGACGCUUGGCGGCCGGGGUUUUGCCGAUCUGUACAUCUCCGAGCCAGAAUGCAUUGUGCUGGAGGCAACUCGCGACGGCAAGGACAUGACCAAGCACCUCAACCGGUUUCUGGAUCCGCAAAAGUAUCAGCCGCUUCUGGAGAUUGGUGGUGUCAAGCUACAUGCGGUGGUCGACUUCCGCAGUCCAGGGAGUGCCAACCCCAGAAUGCAGGAUGAGCACCUGUACAAUGUGCUGUUUAGUGAUGAUUUUUCAGAGGCAGUCAUCUGCCAUAUGGGUGCGCGGCAGCAGGUGGUGGUUGCAGGCGCAGCGGAUGAGGCCACACGGCAGGCCUUUGCUGCGGCUGUACAGUGAUCUGCAAGUGUGAGGAGGUACAUUGCAAGAGAUUGGGGUGUCUCCUUUUCAGCUGUGCAGGUCAAGUUGCACAAAUCUGCUGCAAGGCAGCCAGCUCACGGUGUCAUAGCUGACUCCAUCAGUCCUCAGCACAUGGUGUUGGUUACAGAUCGAUUACAGUAGCUGUGAACACCUAUAGCCUGUCAUCUUCACCUUGAGUAUGUGUCGGAGCUGCCACGCGUUGGCAGGCAGUGCAAGGAACGGGCACCUGUAGAGUUGAGGCGGAGCCAGAGUGCUUUUCUAUGCAGCUGAUGGACAGGGAAUUGCUCGAUUAGAGGGUACAUGUAUCAGCCAAUUACUGGAGCGAAGUGUAAUCUUCUUUCCUUUUCC